AUGGCACAUUUCCCUCUUAAAAAAGGUAUAAUUAAGGCUGCUAUACAACCAUAUCUAAACGAUACAGUGUCUUCAACCACUGCAUGUGCCUCUGGCUCUGACAGUACCACUAAUGUUAAUAGAGUUGAACCGAAGAAGAAGUGGAAGGAUUCUAUUCUUUUCAGCUCCAAAUGUGAAUACUGCAUAUUUGAAUCUCCAAUUUCUGGUCUUCUAACUCUUACCCGUGACUGUCUUAUCUUCGAACCGGAUGAGAGAGAUGCCACUGUUAUGGAUAGUGGCGCUGGAAAUUACCAAGUAUAUAUCGACAUUUGCAGUAUCUAUGAAUGCGCUUGUAUAAACGCCCCUAUUCACUCGUCAUUUUUGGAAGAUUAUGAUGAACGAAUAAACCUCAAAGCAUUCUUACAAGUACUAAUUAAAAAUUCUGAUCUCCCAGAUUCAUUCAAGUACCAUUCAUUUACCAAUGCCAAAGAUGGUGUUAAUGCAGAAGAAAGAUUCAUAACCAAAAGCGCCCAAAAAAUCUACGGCGUAGGCGCGGCGAUUUAUUCAAAGUUGACUCAAAUUGCAAGCUAUGUAAAUUCCACAUCUGAUUCAAAAAACGAAGAAUUACCACAUGCAGAUUUGAUAGAAUUUAUAGAUCCAAGUAGCGAAAACUUCCCCAUAGCACAAUCUGAAAUUAUAAAUAUCCAUGAUGAACGUAAAACACCGCAAUACCAAACUUUCUCUGACCCAAUAUAUGUAUUAUUUGGUUUCUUUGACAUUGAUUUGGUCCGUCGUUUGACAGUGCUUAUCAUGAAUCUACUGGAUAAUAACAAGUUACAAUCGUCAAGUUGUUGCGUUAAAAGGGUCACUAGAUUGUCCCAUUCAUCAAAUAGUUUAUUGCAGUUCUGGCUAAAUGAGAAUAGGAUGCCUAGCGGGUGGCUAACAUCUCACUCUGCCAAAGUAUAUCAGGCAGAAUCCGCACGCAUAGCUACCGCCAUUGACACUAGCUUUGACAGUGAUAUAUUUACGCUAGAAAUGGUGGAUCAGCUCCAGGAAUUUUUACCGCCGGAUUGUGCUAUUAGGAACUGGAAACGGUGCUUUUCAACAUCCACAGAUGGAGUGUCUUCACUUACAUUGUAUCGUAACUUGGAGGGCAUGGGCCCUUGUAUAAUCGCCAUACAAGAUACUAGCGGUGCAGUCUUUGGUUGUUUCAUAGAUCAAUUGAUUUCAUCAAAUCAUUACUACGGGACACCACAAAUUUUUAUAUACAAAUUUAAUCCUAUAGGCAGCACGGAUGUUGUAAAUGUAUACUACCCUAGCUCACAUGGUCGGUGCUUUGUCUUCUCUAAUGAGACUAGAAUUGCUAUAGGCGGGGAUGAUUACGGGAAAAGUGCACUAACUAUUGAUAAAGAUUUUUAUAGAGGUAGUAGCGACUAUUGUGGUAUAUUUAAGAAUCCACCAUUGGUAGAUUCAGGCGAGUUUUUGAUCAAGCAUUUUGAAGUGUGGGCGUUCAUAGAUAUAUGA